CCCAGAUCCACGACAAGACACGCCAAGCUCAGAGUCAGGCCAUUGAAUACGGGCUCUCAAUCUUCGAUUCAAUUCUCCUCUUUGCCUUCUCCAGUAUUCCUCCGCAGCAGGGUCACCCCCUGUGCGACACACAACCAUCAUGGUGAACCUAUUUAAGCGCAUGCGGAAGCUGCAGACUAGGAUCCUCGACAUCCGAACCGGCACCGGCGCCGCCAUCUUCCCCAGCCCAACCUCCGCCACAAAAGAAUUCCCCCCGGUAACCCGACUGCACCUCACAUAUGCCCGCAAGAUCUACAACGGCCACCAAGGCGCCCGUCACUUCUGGCGCAACUGUCUCCCGCGCCUAAAGUACCACAACCCGGGCGUCCGAAUGACCGUCCAACAAACAGACGACCAAAACGCCCCUCCCGCCCUGACAAUCUACUUUGCCGAGCGCCUGAGCAGCACCGCCUCCGCGAUCGUCGGCGCCAAAAAGAUCGCCGACAAGCACGCGCCGGCCCCUGAAAGCGGUGAGAAGGCUGCCGUCGUGGACCUGAAGGAUCUCAGCUACAAGGAGAUUUGGAGUCGGGUGCAGGCUUCGACGGGGGCGGAGGAGGUCCCUGCUAGCGCGGAGGAUGAGGCGGAGCGGAAGCGGUUGGAGGCUAUUACGGCUAAGGCGGGUAAAGAUCGUGAGCGUAUACGGGGUAUGCGGCAGGCGAAGAAGGACCAGGAGCGCAUGUUGGCCGAGGCUCGUGGUGAGGUAGAGAAGUUGAGGGAGCUGUGAGGUGUUUCGAUUGCCCUUUGAGGUUUGACUCUGAUGUGGUGUGGAUGGGCAUGGGGAUGUGUCCAUCACACCUUUCUGGUCUCUUCCCGUCUGCCCUACCUACGUGAUGGGUGGACUGGAGGGAUCACCUGUAGCAUAGUAUACUAGCAUCUUUGAUCUUUUUUUGGUGGUCUCAUUGCGACUACGUAUUUCUUGACCAUGUGUACCUUAGAAAAGUCUCAUCAAAUCCAUUCGGAUGGCACAUUAACCAAUCAU